UUCACUUUACCCAAAAGUCAGUUCUAAAAACGAUCUCUACUUACACACCACAUUCAUCUUUUUUUUGAUAUAACGAAAUUUUUUGAGUACGAAAUUUUUUGUGGACGCCAUGAGUUUCCAGAAGCAGCUAGGUGACUUCAACCGGAAGCUGGACUUGGCUCCAUGGUAUUUAGGCAUUUCGACACUCCAAGAGGAAGUCAUAUGCACCAUGCACGAGAAACUGCGCGAUGACUACGAGCAGGGAACGGGCUCGACCAUGCAUCGUGCUUUGGUUGUUCUGGGCAUUAGGCCAAUGUUAUCCACCAGACAAAUCAAGCGAUUGGUCCAACUCAGCAGGAACGACGUGCUGGCCUUCCUCUUCUUUGUGCUCGAAGGCUACUACAAGACCUGCCGCCCUAAGGGCAGUAAUGUAUAUAGCGUCAAUGAGCAGCUGCUGAUGAUAGCCAUAUUCAGGAUCGAUUUACUACCGACGCUUCGUGCCCUGGAUGGGCUACUACCGCCACCACAGCUCCAUCCGCAGGAGAUUAGACGGAUGAAUAGAGCCGCGAAAGAGAAGGUUCUAGUUCGUGAAACCACAACGCCAAUCGCCGCAGCAGGUCCUGCAAAGAAACACAAGCAGAAGUCACCUUACUACCAAAAACAGCCCAAGCCCGUUCAGCGUUCGUCGAAUUUGACCCCUCAAUUACCCGAUUUUGUGGUGGAAUUCAAAUUCUGGCCUAGAAAUGGUCAGCCCAAUUAUGGCGAGGAGCCGGAGGAGCCCUGGUUUGCCAAGUAUCACCUUAACCCCGGCCUGCGUAUGAUCAAGCAGACCUUGUCGGAUACGCUGGAUAAGUACUUCAAGGAUGUUAACGUCCAUGAUAGCAAAAAGGACGAAGACGACGAGAAUGAAACUGAGAGUCAAAAGCCAAAGGUCAAUAUGUGCUUAUUCCACAAGGAACAGUUAAUGAACACCCAGCUACUAAAGGAUGAGCUGACGGUCAAAGCCCGGGAUCGGUGCCUAGAACUCUUGGACGUUACGGAGCCUUACAGCAAGCUACGUAAAAAGAGGAUCGUGGCCCAGCUGGAGGAUGACAUCGAUCUGAUUAUGGAUCGCCAUCGCCGGGCUAUGCACUGUGACCAGACCAAGGUUCUAACCAUCGAGGACACAGAAUGCGUACUGUGCCAGCAGAUGUUGGUAUCUCAGCCCUGGCCAGAGCCCAAUGACCAGGUGGGACGAGCUCUGGUCGGUGAGGAUUGUGGUAUGGCCCACACGGCUGCUCUGGAUAACUAUUGUGGUCGGAGAUUGGAGGGAGGCAAGUCGGCCAAGAAUGGAAAAAAGGAUAAGAAAGGGAAAAAGGAUAAUGCAAAAAAGGCAGAGCCUGAACCUCCAGUGGAGCCUCCGAAAAAGGAGCCCAAGAAAAAGGUUCCGGAAUGGAAGCCACCGCCUCUUAAACUUCGCAAUGAACCAUUCCGCAUAACCAAUAUCGACUUCAAGGAGAAACUGAAGAAAUGUAUACCGCCGCAGAAUCUUUCGGAAUGUGAAGUUCCGCCGGCACCCAAAAAGUCGGCCGUCUCCUUUGCCCUGGCCAUGGGAAAAAUCCAAAAGAAGGGGCAAAAGUGCGAGAUACAACAACCGACGAGGAAAGUGGUCAAGAAGAAGUUCUUCCGGGCAUCGAGAUCAAACAAACCGUAUCAGUUCAAGUACCAUCGGGUCUUUCAAUCCGGUCAGCCGAAACCCUUUGACCUCAAUCGAUUGAUGACCAAGUCAUUUGUGAAGGCGCUAAAAGUAUCGGAUUUCGAUGAUCCAAAUAGGGUAUUCGAUAUCGCUAAUGCAGCGUCAGAAUUGCAACUACAAGAGAUCCCUCCAGCAGAGGAAUCCCAACUGGAGACAGUGCCGCCACCAGAUCUUCAAGAAAAACUAAACGAUGAUCUCUUUGGGGAGGAGAAGACCGAACGUGAUAGUCGCGAGACCCUGGAUCGUUCCAGCAACCACAGUCAGCACAGUCAUGUCGACUACAAGGCCCAGAUUGUGGAGGCGGUGGUCCAAUGUGCCAACACCAUUUGGCAAAGGCAUGCCGCCUUCAAGCGGGCCGAAAUGGAGCAACAGGAGCGGAUGACCAAGCGGAAGGCGCUGCAUUACGUGGAAGGCGAAAAGUUUGAUCCGGAUAAUGCCGAGCAGAUGAAUCGACUGCUCAAAGAUGGCCUCCGGAUUCUGAGUCGGAAUCCACGUUAUGUGCUGGCCAGUCUACCGGAUUGCCAUAAGUUACCCGUUUUUCGGGAGUGGAUCAAGCGGCGAUUUGGCAAGGCCUACUCCCAGAAGGAGCUGGAGGCCAGCUUGGUGGAGUCAACUAGGAUCUUUGAGUUGGUCACCUUUGUUCAAGGCAUUUUACCAAAUCCCAAUCUCCAGGGCCUGGGACGUCUACCCAGAGAACAGGAGAACUUUAACUACUACAAGGAGAUCAAGAAGACGGCCACCGUUGUCAAGGACGACUUUCAUAGCCAAUUGAACGAACAAUAUAUGAAUAGUAUAUCCUCCGCGUGGUAUGCCAUGGGUAACUAUUUGGUUCCAAGUGGUCCUCCGCGCAGGACCUUCUUUGCCUACAUGGCCUCCAAUCCGAAUGAGAUAAUACGAGCGAAAACUUGGAAUGGAGAUUUUCGAAACUAUUGCCAGAUGAGAAAUAGACGCAGGGAGCUGGAGAACUAAGAGAAUCAAUCCAUUGUAUUUUAGACCAAAGUUGACUUGGAGCAGAGUUUCACAGACCCAUCUUAGGGGUGAAUCCCCUUGCCACUUUUGUGUUCAAGAUUCAGCUCAAUCCAAUUGCGUUUAGGCGGCCGGCAAACAAAUUCAGUUAAUUAUGCAAACCAGAAAGAUGUUUUCACAAAUAUAACCCACACAUUUUCCCUUAAAACCUU